CACUCCUCUUUUCUGAUUUGCGCAAGUUCCCCGGGCGGUGGAAGCACUUUGUCUUCACUCGGCCACCGUCCGCAGGGCGGUGGGGAGUAUUUUGUCCUCCUGCCGCCGCCGUCCGGGUUAUUAGUCACCGAGUUCCAGGCCGCCGGAACGUGGGGCUUGCGGGAGCCGGCUGCCGUUGCCGGCACCAUGGAGUCACCUCUUAGCCCGGGCUUCUCUCACCGAGCCGAUGAGGAUUGGGAUUCUACACUGUUUGCUGAACUUGGCUAUUUCACAGACACUGAUGAUCUGCAAUUGGAUGCAGCAAAGGAAACUUAUGAACACAAUUUUGAUAAUCUUGAUUUUGACUUGGAUUUGAUGCCUUGGGAAACAGGCAUUUGGGACAUCAACAACCAGCUCUGUACAGUUAAAGAUGUUAAGGCAGAACCUCAGCCACUUUCUCCAGCCUCCUCAAGUUGUUCAGUCUCCUCUCCUCAGUCAAUGGACUCUUACUCUUCAACUCAGCAUGUUCCUGAGGAGUUGGAUUUGUCGUCUGCUUCCCAGAUGUCUCCCCUUUCCUUAUAUGGUGAAAGCUCUCAUAGUCCCUCCUCAGCAGAGGCACUGAAAGAAGAUAAGCCCAUCAUUGGUCCUAGGAGCAAAACUGAAAAUGGACUGACUCCAAAGAAAAAAAUUCAGAUGAAUUCAAAACCUUCAAUUCAGCCCAAGCCAUUAUUACUUCCAGCAGCACCCAAGACUCAGACAAAUUCUGGCGUUCCAGCGAAAACCAUCAUUAUCCAGACACUACCCACACUUAUGCCAUUGGCAAAGCAGCAGCCAAUUAUCAGCAUACAUCCUGCACCCACUAAAGGUCCGACCGUCAUGCUUUCUCAGCCUGCCGUUGUACAACUUCAGGCUCCUGGAGCUCUGCCCUCUUCUGCCCCAGUCCUUGCUGUCGCAGGGGGAGCCACACAACUACCUAAUCACAUGGUGAAUGUGGUACCGGCCCCUGUGGCAAACAGCCCGGUGAAUGGAAAACUUUCAGUGACUAAACCUGUCCUACAAAGUACCAUGAGAAGCGUGGGCUCGGAUAUUGCCGUGCUAAGGAGACAGCAACGUAUGAUAAAAAAUCGAGAGUCUGCUUGUCAGUCCCGCAAGAAGAAGAAAGAAUAUAUGCUUGGCUUAGAGGCCAGGUUAAAGGCUGCGCUUUCAGAGAAUGAGAAGCUGAAGAAAGAGAAUGGAUCACUGAAGCGACAGCUGGAUGAAGUCGUGUCAGAAAACCAGAGGCUUAAAGUUCCUAAUCCGAAGCGAAGAGCUAUCUGUGUGAUGGUAGUGUUGGCAUUUAUAGUACUCAACUAUGGACCCAUGAGCAUGUUGGAACAGGAUUCCAGGAGAAAGAAUCCUAGUGUGAACCCUGCAAAUCAAAGGAGGCAUCUUCUAGAAUUUUCUGCUAAAGAGGUGGAAGAUACAUCAGAUGGUAUCAUCCAGAAAAACAGCUACAGAUAUGAUCAUUCUGUUUCAAAUGACAAGGCCCUCAUGGUGCUCAGUGAAGAACCAUUACUCUAUAUUCCUCCACCUCCUUGUCAGCCCCUGAUUAACACCACAGAAUCUCUCAGGUUAAAUCAUGAACUUCGAGGAUGGGUUCACAGGCAUGAAGUGGAAAGGACCAAGUCGAGAAGAAUGACGAAUAAUCAGCAGAAAACCCGUAUUCUUCAGGGUGCUCUGGAACAGGGUUCCAAUUCUCAGCUCAUGGCUGUCCAAUACACAGAAACCACUAGUAUCAGCAGGAACUCAGGGAGCGAGCUGCAAGUAUAUUACGCGUCACCCAGAAGUUAUCAAGACUUCUUUGAGGCCAUCCGCAGAAGGGGAGACACAUUCUAUGUUGUGUCAUUUCGAAGGGACCACCUGCUGCUACCGGCCACGACCCACAACAAGACCUCAAGACCAAAGAUGUCAAUAGUAUUACCAGCAAUAAACAUAAAUGAGAACGUGAUCAAUGGGCAGGAUUACGAAGUGAUGAUGCAGAUUGACUGUCAGGUGAUGGACACCCGGAUCCUCCACAUCAAGAGCUCGUCAGUUCCCCCUUAUCUCCGAGAUCAGCAGAGGAAUCAAACCAACACCUUCUUUGGCUCCCCGCCAGCAGCCCCGGAGGCAGCCCACGUUGUCCGCACCAUCCCGGAGUCAUUACAAUAGACUCUGAGGCUGUGCCAGAAAACACGGUGGGACCCUGCCCCCGCUGCACUGGAGAGCUGGGGAGAGACCUGUUCCUGUCUGCCUUCUUGGUGGCAGGCCGAGAGCUGCCUCACAGUAGGGUUCCAGGGGUAGCAAGAAAAGUUGUUUUUCACGUCUGCCUUUCUACUGGGAAAGCACUGAUACGCAGACACAAGGGCAGUGGCCUUUCUCCGACGGCAGAUGUUGCCUGCAUCCUCCUUGCUGCCUGGUGUCGAAUUUUUUCUGUACCUUCCUAAAUUGCUUUUCCUCCUGUAUUUCUUUUGUUUAAAUAGUCCUCUUUAAAAUAAGAUCUUCUUCCCUUCUCUGCCAUUUCACUUAUUGAUAAAGAGAUUUUUAUUUAUAGCUGUACAGCACACUGAUGUUUCCAGUAAUCAGAGUUUUUAUUAAUUUAAUGCAAAUCCAUUCUGGAUAUUGUGCUUAUUGGAAACAGAUUUCAAAACCAGAACAGCCAAAAACGUCCCCCAAAAGAGUCAAGACAAUUGAGGGCUUUAGGUAAAAGGGGGAAAUCCCAAUUGGGUAAAGUUGGUCUUCGCCUGGGAAUUGUGGCUCCCACCUGAGCCGGUGUGUGCGUAACCGCGUGGGGCACUGGCACAGGGCACUGGGGUGGAGAGACUGUCAGGGAAGAGCAGGGUCCACGUGGGCCAAGGAAGGAGGAGCCAGCUCUGUUAACACACGUUUAAAACACUGCAGGUUUUGAUGUGACUGGAGUUUGAUGAAAGCCACAGCAGCCUUUUUUUCUGAGGCCACUGAGUGUUAGUGUAUGUGCUUAUAUGUUCUCUGUACUUGUCUGGUGCAGGUCCGUAAGGACCCCGGGACAAAUCCUUCAGCCUUACUGUGAAUCCCCACCCACGACACACCUUCUACUAGUAUGACGAUAACUGAAUUCGGCUAAGGAACACGCAGGGUGAUGUUAAGCAAACUAGUUUUUUUUUCUCAUGAGAAUUGGCAGGUAUUUAUUCCUUAAGACUCUGCAGACAGGCCAGCUUGGAUUCCUGUUCAGGGAGUGCAUCCCACAAUCCUGCAAUAAUUUUCAGUUUCUCCAGUGAAUAGACAGUGAAGGAAUUAACUUUUUUGUCCUCCCAUGGUAAAAAAAAAAAAAAAGAAAGAAAGAAAGAAAAAGAAAAAAUAGCCCUACUGUGUUCCCUCAUAUCUUACUGUACUUUGACUACUUUCUUCUCCUCUCUGGUGUUCUGCCUUCAGUUUCUAAAGUGAGUCUUCCUGUUCUCCUAUGAAACCUUGCACUUUCUUGCUAGAACUCGUUCUGCAGACAUGGCUUCUUACCCUAAUCCACUUGCCUGGGUCGGCGUUCUUCCCUUCCAGUCCCCGCUCCGGCCUCCCAUUGCUCUGAGUUGGAGGAGGAAAGACUAUGGGUGCAAGUCCUGUGGGGUGUCCCGCGGCCGGCCCCCUCCUGCCCGCAAGGGUCAGCCUGGCUUCUAAAUAAUUCUGAAGAAUCACUCAGGCUUCCACCUCUGGACAGCGGCGCCUCCGUGCCCAAGCUCCGAUGGAUGCGCUCCGAGGAGAUCUGUGUAACUUCGUGCGGCCAACGGGGCGCUCUGCUGCCCGGGUCCCCAGGAAUCUGGGGUUUGGUGGCGUUAACAAGCCUGCAACAGCCCCCACUGCGGCUGCUGUCCAGGGCGACGUCCACACGGGAAUCACCUUCCCCGGGGCUGCUCCGCUUCUAAUGGGCGCCAGGCCCAUGCGGACAAGACCUGCACGUGGCAGGACAGCCUUCUCUCGGGAGUGUCUCCUCCCAUCGUGCACACCAGCCAAGCACGUAGCCAUGGCCCUGGCCAGGGGGCAAGGGGACAUGGUCAUUCCCAAGCUGCUAGUCUGCCCGAGCUGUCACCGCUGUCACCGUGGCCACGGGCAUGGCCUUACAGACGGUGCUUCCUGUCCCGUGUGCGGACUCUGACCCACAGGCCAACUGCCCGCUUCUCGCCCUGUGCUCAGCCUUCACCCUCCACCCCAGCUUCCCUGACCGGUCCAACCAACGGUGGCAGUCACGUCGCGUCAGCCCACCUGGAUGCCUCUCCUGCAGGUGGGGAUGCAGGUGCCGACGGCAAGGAGUCCAGACCGCACAUGGCAGCCUGGGAGCCGCGCCCGCUCUCCCCCUGGUUUCACGUCUCAGGAAGGGAGGGAAUGACAACUACAAGGCAGUAAUCUCCUUUUGUAAUUACUGUCAAAGCUCUUACUAAUUCCUGGGCCCCACAGCAGUUCUGCCGUAACAUCUGUGCUCGCCCGGGUUAAGCAUGUUGGGAAAGAGAAAGUGGCUAUGCCUGAUGAAUAAAUUAAGCUGCUGUUUGGGUUUAGUUUUAGGUUGAAAUCACCUUUUGGGGAUUGCAGCCAGGAACGAUGGGGGCUCUGCAUCUAAAUUUAUUAAGUUUAUAUUAGGUGGGAUUUUGCAAGCUUGUGGGAUAAUUAGAUCAACUAGAGGACGCAAGUCCACCCAUGGGGUAGGGAACUCUCUUCCCUUUGUCCCCCCGCUCCUCCUCCCCCAGGAAGUGGCGGCGGGCCUGGGCUGGGACCGAUUCUCCCGUCUGCUUGCAAGCCCCACGUGUGGAGGCUUCGUGGCAGCGGAUGGUUCCUCGUACUAAUUACUGAGUCAGGCAUCCGGGCUCCCCCACCACAGGGUUAGCUCCCCCAGCAGAACAUCAGCCUGGUAGUGUAAACGGCCUCUUUCCAAAGUUGGGAUUUGUAAAGGGAUCAUCUUGAAUCAAAAGUUUGCCAUGCUUGUCAUUUAGAAGCUUUCCAUUACAUUACUGGGUGAGGUUUAUCUUUUCACAAGUAAAAAAACAAAAACGAAAAAACUAACUAUAAAAUCUCAGAGCAUCUUCGAACUUUUUUCUAAAUGACUACAGGCUCCAGCACCAAGCUGACACGUCUUUGCCUUUUCUUGUGAGCAAGAAGUAGACACGGAGGUAUUUGAAAGCAGCAAUGUUAUGAGUCAUUCUUGAGUGUUCUGAAUAAACAUUACUUAGAAACAGA